AUGCCUCCUCAUUCCAAGCCGUUCGACACCCCUUUCGACAUCCCCUAUAUACCACCUAUCACCCUUGUCGAGCUCAGGAUGAGUUACUACUCCGGCGAGAUUCGCUCGAGGCCGCGGUGGUGGAUGAAGAUCCACGAACCACCCAUCGCUGCGACGUGGCACGAGGAGAUCGUGGAGCACGAUCGCCUCUACAAGCAAGACGAGGAGGACGGCCCAAAGUGGGAUGGUGUGAAGUGGCGGCCGCGUGAUUCGCUGACUGAGGCCCAGCUCAGCUACAUUUUCGACGAGCUGCGGUACGAAGCCUCAAAGCGCGAUCCUGCGACCGGGAUAUUUGCGAGCAGCAUCCGGAAGGUCUAUGAGUCUCAUUCCCUCAUCGAUACGGAGCUUAGAGAGCGGCUUGUCAAAGCGACGUCCAUUAUUGAAACCGACUCCGAUGACGACAAGGACUGGCACUCUGGUCCUGGAGGACGAUGUUUCGAUCUCGUUGAUCCCUCUCUAUAUCCCAUCUCCAUCGGCCACGGUCUUUUUUGCCCCCCAAACCCCUCCGCGGGCCAGGAGCCAGAGCUUAUGCUGCUCGACAACGACAGGUACCUUGAAGCACGCCCCGACCUCAAAGACAUCAGCACGUUCCGCGCCUACGCCGUCUCACCGGCUUACCAGUGGUUGCCAACAGACUUCGCAGUCUCCGCAGACGGCAAUGCCACCGCGCUCGGGUACAUCAACAACGUCCACCCGUUCCGGCACCGCGCGCUCUACCCUGCCAUCACAUCGAGAGUCGUCGCGCGCUUCGUGCCCAUGUUCGAGCGCGUGCUCAUCGACGUCCUCUACCCCCCGUCGAAGCCAACCAAGAACGUCGGCGACUGGUACAAGCACAUCGAGGCUUCUGCACCGCCGUGGGAGCCGAAGGACACGUACUACAAGCGUCGCGCCGAAUGGGCACGCAUACACGAGUGGCUUCACGUCCCCGAGCCCGAGGCUUUCGCGCCCCCGUCCGCAGACAACCCACGCUUUGAGUUCUCGCUCCGCGGGCGCACAAUCCAGGUCGUUAUCAAGCACACGGAAGUUCGCCUUACGCCCGAGGACUCGACCUAUCCCGGGGACGUGUGGCACGUCGAGGGCAUGGCGAACGAGCGCAUCGUCGCGACGGCGCUCUACUGCUACGCCAUGGAGAACGUCACCGUGAGCCGGAUCGCGUUCCGGCAGCGCGUCGGCGCGGGCGAGUACGGGAACGACCUCCCGCGUGGCGACAACAAGGGCCAGCCGCUGGGGCAUGUCGCGCUGGGGGAGGACAAGUGCGUCGCGUUCCCGAACGUGUACCAGCACCGCGAGGAGCCGUUUGAGCUGGUGGACAAGACGCGGCCGGGGCGUCGGAAGCUCCUCGCGCUCUUUUUGGUGGACCCGAACGUACGGAUCUUGUCCCCGGCGGACGUGCCGCCCCAGCAGCGCGAGUGGACGCUCGCGGAGGCGGAGAAGGCGCUGGUGGUGCAGAAUCUGCCGCAAGAGCCCGUCGAUAUGAUCGUCGGGUUCGCGGAGGACGGGUUCAUGACUAGGGAGCAGGCGGAGAAACAUCGGCUGAAACUAAUGGAGGAGUGA